UAAACUACCCUUAUCCAGCGCCCGAUCAUUUUCGUCGCUCACAGCCUUGGUGGACUUUUGGUCAAGCGGGCACUCUCGUCAAUGGAAUCCAGCUUAGACGACAGAUUUCGCCAGUCUUUGAGACGGAUAUCUGCUGUUGUUUUCUGCGGGUGCCAUCACAGAGGAUCCGAUGCAGCAUCCUGGGGUCUCCUGGCAUCGAAACUGAUUGCCCUUGCCCUGGCGGACUCGAAUUCGAAGCUUCUGUCUGAUUUAGAAGUCGACUCUGCCAUUCUUGAUCUCAUCCAUGACGAUUUCCUGAAGACGUUGUCCCGAGCUCCAUCUCCUAUCCGAAUACACUCCUUUCAAGAAAGUCGCCCCCUCACAGGUAUCAAAGGACUAAAUAGCAAGAUUGUCGAUACUUAUUCAUCGAAAGUUGGGUGGCCGGAAGAGAUAUGUGAAACAAUAGACGCGGAUCAUCGUGAGAUGGUCAGGGAACCUGGCGUCAAAGACAUUUCGAACGUUUUGCGGGACCUAGAAAACGGAACCAAGAAGAAGGCCGAGCCCAUACCAUACAUCGGGGCGGCCCAGGGUGCGGAGUCCUGUGAGGACGCUUAUGAGCCAUACGACCAUGUCGACGACUUUUUUCUCUUCGAUUACCGAUCCAUCGUGGAUCAUGUCCCGCAGCGCUUUCCGGAUUCAUGUUCUUGGAUUCUUCAAGAAGCAGCCUUCUUGCAGUGGUCUCGCCGAAACGGUGGGGGGCUGUUCUGGCUGCAUGGCUAUCCUGGGCAAGGCAAGUCGGUACUUGCCAAGUAUCUUGUCGAGGAGGUUCUCCCUCAGAUGGACAACCCUGGGUUUGGCAACGCUGGUCUACUGCGCUCGCUAAUUCAUCAACUUCUCUCUCAACUCCCCCACACAGCACGGCUUCGAGGAACGAUGAGAAUGCGCCAUACAAUGCUCAAACAUCCCCCAAAACCCGAAGAGGCCUUGUCUCACCUCUGGUCCAUCUACCAAGAUCUAGUCACUCAAGAAUCUUUGCGAUCUGAGAAAAUCCUCGGACUGGACUCAAUACAACGAAGAGUCACUAGAUACCUCUACCUGGUCAUAGAUGCACUUGACGAGCUGGACGAGAGCGACCGGACUCUCUUUUUAGAGCGUUUCUGCGCAGUACUCCGAGUCGGCCGACGAUCAUCUAGCUAUCUACCUAAGAUUAUUAUCACCAGCCGGGACGAUCCUGACAUUGCAACAUAUAUGCGGCAAAGUGGUGCCUGUUCCCUCAAUCUUGACACUGCACAAGGAAACGAGGCCGACCACGCUAAAUUUGUCAAGGAGACCGUCUGCACUUAUGGCGAGGACAACCAUUUCGGAGACGCCCUGACUCAAACCAUCGUUUCGGAGCUGUUGGUAAGAGCGAAUGGCAUGUUUCUUUGGGCGUCGCUUGCCUGGGCCUAUUUUAUCGACGGCGUGGGUAUCUGGACAGAGAUCAUGCUAAGAGAACGACUACAAGUCCUGCAACUCCUGCCACCAGGCAUGGAGGCGCUUUAUCAACGAAUACUAGACAAGGUCGAACCCAAAUAUCGGCAUGACUUGCUGCACUCGUUACAACUCAUUGUUUCGGCUACUAGGCCGCUCUACGUCAACGAGAUUGCCAUUGCACUAGCAUUGAGAGACAGGCCACAGAGAUUGUGCGAUAUCGACGCUCGCCUCAACAUGCACGCUUUUUUCCGGCGCGCCUGUCCCCAUCUCAUCAGGGUUGACGAUACUGGGACGAUAUCUCUAGUCCACUUGUCCUGCAAAGACUACCUGACUAGCGUUCGAAUGGUCAACAACAAACUGAACACUUUCCACAUAGACAUGGCUGCUGCCAACUUCGAUUUUGGUCUUGACUGUCUCUUGUAUGUUAGCCUCGAUGACUUUGCUAACUCCGAGCUCGGCCAAGCCUGUGCCCAAAACAAAUUCCUGCGGUACGCUUAUCUCCACUGGUAUCAACACCUCAAGGACCGUGGCGAUCGAGUCCAGGAAAUUUGGUGGUACUUCGCACGGCUGUUCGACCAUCAUAUGAGAUGUUUCAGGUGGUAUGACAACAGAGACAUCGUCUUGGAUCUGUGGGAUCACGGGCUGGACUGUCUCUUCGAACCAGCGGCCACACCCCCUGUCCGGUUGGACCUCAAUGUGACUAAUGAACGCGGCGAUCACUUCAUACGCAUUGUUGUCGCUGAGAUACGAAGAUUUCCAUUGAACCGUGUGCAGUUUCUGACUGGUCUCGGCCUGGACAUCAACGGCAGAACGCGGUUCGGGCAAACUCUGUUGCAUAGAUGCAUUCAAGAGUGGUAAGACGAGCAAGGUACCUUGCUCGGACCAAGAAGUGGACAUCCGGGAAAAGAGAUCCGCGGAUCGUCCGUCUCGGAGACGACUCUUUAUGAGCUCCUCUCAUUUCCUGGCAUCGAUCCAAAUGCGAUGGACGUCUUUGGAUAUACACCACUGAGUCUUGCCAUUCACGAGGGCCUAGACAAGGCCGUGACAAUUAUCCUGAGCUCUCCUGAACUGGGCUUCACCGAGGGCGCGGCAGCCC